GUUUAUGCGGUAGUGGUGUAGUGGUAGAUUGAUCAAGAAACCUCCCUUAUUCAGUAGAAGAUGUAAAACAAAUAUGUAGGGAUUGUAGAAUAUGUAGAGAAAUAAAACCCAAGUACUACCGCCCAAAUGAUGUGCACCUGAUUAAGGCCAUUCGAAGGUAUAUCUAUUGACUUCAAAGGCCCAUUACCUUCUUCAACCCCUGAACAGUAUAUGCUAACAAUUGUAGACGAAUACUCACGUUUUCCAUUUGCUUAUCCUGUAAAAGAUAUGACAACUCAGACAAUAAUAAACUGUUUAGCUGAUCUUUUUUCAAUGUUUGGUAUGCCUAGCUAUGUUCAUUCGGAUCGUGGAUCCUCAUUAAUGUCUUCUGAAUUAAAGCACUGGUUCUUAUCAAAAGGGAUCACAACUAGUAGAACAACCCCUUACAAUCCGACUGGAAAUGGGCAAGUUGAAAGAUACAAUGGAAUUAUUUGGAAGGCGAUAUUACUUACUCUUAAAUCUCGAAAUCUGCCUAUAUCAUCAUGGAAAAGAGUUUUGCCUGAUGCACUUCAUGCUACAAGAUCUCUAUUAUGUACUUCUACUAAUUGUAGUCCACAUGAACGUUUUUUUAAUUUUCAAAGAAGAUCAUUAUCUGGGUCUUCAAUUCCUUCAUGGCUUGUUAACCCUGGACCUGUACUUAUAAAAAGAAAUGCAAUGCAAAGUAAAUAUGAAGUUUCAGUAAAUGAGGCUCAGCUCAUUGAAGCAAAUCCUCAUUAUGCCAUUAUGAGAUUUCCUAAUGGUCAUGAGAAUACAGUGUCAACAAAACAACUGGCUCCUAUCGGAACAACUCCUAUAGUACAAACAUCAAAUGACAAUUUAGAAAUAACAGCUAUUGAUAACUACCCCUUAACCCCUAAUGGUAGCAAUGAAACUCCGUUAGUCUCCGAAGAGGAACUAGAAAGCAGAGGGAAACCUAUAGAGCAAAGUACUCUGCCUCCUUGUAGAUCUUCACGAAUUUCUAAAGCACCAGAAAAACUCAACUUAUAAAUACACCUGAACACUUUUAAGAGGAGGGUGAAUGUUAUGAUAAUAUGAAAUAUGGAGAAUAUAUAUAAAUAUAUAUGUUUUGUAUGAUAUUCUAUAUACUUUAUGUAUUGUGUUAUUUUGUUAUAGACUAGUAUAAUUAUAGCUCUUUUGAGCCAACAUAA